AUGGAUAAUUUAGGAGGAGGUACAUUAUCAAGUACAAUAGUAUUUGAUGAUAAUGUUAAACAAUUUGAAAGAGUUAAUACAACUUUAUUUGAACAGUUUAGUAGGAUGCCGCUGCAGUUGUUGAUUGAGUGCUUGGUGGCUGCAGGAACAGUAGACAAUCAAAUGGCCAAUACAAUGAAUAUACAUGAAGCAGUAUCAAAUCUAUUGGAUCAUAUUAGAGAGAUGGGUAUUGAGUGCGUUGUUGGACGUCUGAGCGCAGACGUUGUCAACGAGACAUGCUCACUACUAUCAUUGCCCGCUGCCAACUCUGACUCGAACGACGAAGGCAUUGCACAACUCGAGCUGACAAUGAAGUCCGAUUCAUUGCCAACAUUCUUCAGAAGCCUCACUCCACACAUGCUCAAUCUCUUUUGUCAAUGCCUAGGCAUUCAGCCCUCGAAGCUCAUACCGGCUCAGAUCGAGGUACCUGCUGCACCAGCAACCACUGGUGACGCCAACAACAAGAAGAAGACAACCAACGAGUUUGACACGAUGGUCACCUCAACGCCAAGCAUCAGCGUUAUUGACAAUGCAACAGUCAUCACAACAUACAUGUCGAAGUCAACGACGCACAGGUAUACGGCAGGCAGUCGCAACACAACCACAUUGGCCAACGACAGUCUUGUUGAGGACAAGCACUUUCGUUCAGUCAUCCGUACACUAGUUGAAGAGGUCAUACUAUCUGGUCUCGAGAACAUCCUAUACAUUCAAUCACAAGACACUCUAGAGAGGUUGUACAAGGCAUUGAAUAUCAAUGAGACAAUGCCAACUAGACUUAAAGAUAUUCUCACAAAGAUUGUCACCAGGAUGUUCAGUCCAUUGUCAUCGCCUCCAGCACGUCGAGCAAAGAGGAUGGCGUCUGGACCACCAAGACCAAAUGUCUCUUCAAAGGCAGCAGCAGCUGCAACGACGGCGGACAUUCCAACGACACCUUUGCCCAGUGUGUCACGACCGACCUAUCCCCAGACACCCGGUGAGUUUUCUUCAAGUGAGAUUGACUCGUCGUCAUCGUCAGGAGUGAGCAUUGGUGGCACUCGCAGUGCCUCCAAGAAGAAGAAGGAUUCAACAACAAGGAGGAUCAGGAGUAGUGUUGGACUGCGAAGUGAUGUCACCAACACCGACGAUGAGGACAAAGAGAUUGACAGGCCAGCCGACAGAGAAACACAAGAGUUUAUACAUGAAGGUCUAACCAAAGAUGAGUUGGUAAACAAAUUUUUAGCCAAGGACAUGCGAAGUUGGUUACAAUCCAAGAACAUCAAGUACAAGUCAGGUGAUUUGAAACCAGAACUAGCUAGGAGGAUAGUCAAUUACUUCUCAGGUGAGAAGGCAUCAGAGACAGAAGAGAGUGGUACUGAGUCCAUACAAGACAAGAAAAGGAAGAAGACAGAGUCGAGCACACAAGUACAAAAGAAGACAAAGACCUCUUCCACUUCUACCCAUGAG